AUGGCGGCUCAAAUCAUGUUUUUUGUGCUGCUUUUGGGAAUGACAGGUGUGACUGCUCAGGUUGUCAGACCUCUUUACCCAACAUCUGGAACUGCAAGCUCUGCGAUAGAUGAUGGAAGUUCUCCACAGAUUACCCUGCUAAGACCUUUUUUCUAUUUUGGGAGGACAUAUAACAGCAUUUAUGUCAAUCAUAAUGGACACCUAACAUUUACUGGUCCACUAAGUGAAUUUAGAAGUCAGAGGUUCCCACAACGUAUCAGAGACAUCAUCGCUCCAUUCUGGACAGAUUUAGACAACAGAGGAAAUGGUCAGAUCUACUACAACCAAUACACCAGUGGCAGUGUUCUCCAGCAAGCUACACGGGACAUCAAUCAAUACUUUCCAGGACUGAACUUUAAUGCCAACUGGGUCUUUGUUGCAACAUGGUAUGAGGUGGCCUAUUAUCCCACAAGUGGAACACGCACUACUAUCCAAUCUGUGCUGAUCUCUGGAGGCCAAUAUUCAUUUGUGCUGAUGAACUACGGUAUAAUAGCCUCAACAACACUGAGCAUUCAGGCUGGUUAUGAUACAAUUGGCUCCACUCACUAUUAUGUCCUCCCUGGAUCAUUCACCAGUGCUGCAUCAGGGAGUAACUCAAAUUUUCGCCUUAGGAGCAACGUCAAUGAACCUGGUCGCUGGGCCUUCCGGACAGACCAUGGAUCAACAGGCUGCACUUUUAAUGGUGAAUUAGUGCAGCUGGGUGCUUCAUUCUGGAGUGACAGGACCUGUGCACAGAAGUGCACAUGUACCUCAACAGGCCUGCAGUGCCGCAAUGAGCCGUGCUCCUUUUCACAGAUCUGCAAGCCAGCUUCCUUCCAGUUCUCCUGUCAGACAGUGCCAAGAGGAACCUGCACCAUAAGCGGUGAUCCCCAUUACUACACCUUUGAUAACACAGUGUUUCACUUUCAAGGCACUUGCACGUAUGUUCUCUCUGAGCAAUGUAAUAGUGGACGGCCCUACUACAGAGUAGAAGGCAAAAAUGAGCACAGAGGCAGUACUCGAGUCUCUUGGACACGACUGGUGAAAGUGCAUGUCUACAAUGACACAAUUGAACUUGUCAAAGGACGCCGUGGUCAGGCAAAGGUUAACGGGAACUUUGCAUCCACUCCAUUCUUCCUUAGCAAUGGCACCGUGCAGGUUUAUGAGUCAGGUUUUUCUGUCUUUGUCAGCACUGACUUUGGUUUAGUGGUGUCUUAUGACACAAAUCAUUAUGUUCAGAUCAGCUUGCCCUACACUUACCAGAAUGGUACAUGCGGUCUUUGUGGAAACUUCAAUGGCAUUAGUAGAGAUGACUUUCAAACUCGUGACGGUGAGGUUGUGAGCUCUGAUGUGGUUUUUGCUAACAGCUGGCAAGCAUCUGGGGAUGAUGAGCCUGGCUGUGGGCCACAGUGCGGAGGUCUGGACUGUGCUGUUUGCACUGUAGCUCAGAAAGCACUGUACAGCAACACUGACCACUGUGGUAUCCUCAGCAGUAGUUCUGGACCUUUCACGGCUUGCCAUCAGCAACUUCCUCCACAGUCCUUUGUGGACAGUUGUGUGUAUGAUCUGUGUGUAGGAGGAGGGUACCAACCUAUUCUCUGUCAAGCCUUAACUGUGUACGCAAGUCAAUGUCAACAAAAUGGUAUUCAGCUACCAAGUUGGAGGAGACCUGGCUUUUGUGAAAUCCCAUGUCCAGCCAACAGCCACUUUGAGUCUGAAGGCACAGGAUGUCCACCUACCUGUGUUAAUCCCAACUCUACCCAUAACUGCCCUCUACCUCCCCAGGAAAGCUGCAUCUGUGAUUCAGGCUACAUCCUCAGUGGUGGGGUCUGCGUCCCUCAUGCUGAGUGUGGCUGCAGGUUUGAGGGCCGUUACUACCGCUCUGGACAAACUGUAAUACUAGACGAAGACUGUGGGAGACGUUGUAGCUGCAGUUAUGGCUCCAUGACUUGCCGCUCGCAUGGUUGUGGCCCACUUGAAUCAUGCAGGGUGGAGGAUGGAGAAAGAGGAUGCAGACCAAAUAGCUAUGCAACAUGCUGGAUCAGAGGCCCAGGGUCAUAUCAGACAUUUGAUGGACUGACAUACCAAUAUCCUGGGGCGUGUCGAUUGACACUUGCCAAAGUUAUGGGACUGUCCAGUCACCCACACUUCAUGGUGACAGGAGAAAAAUUGCCAAGAGGCCAGCAAGGUUUUGCACGAAUUCUGCAUUUUGAAGCAGAGGGGAUACACAUAUCUAUUGAGAUGGCAAGGAACAGUAAAGUGAAGGUUAAUGGUCAGCUGAUCAGGCUGCCAUUCAGCACUCCAUCCAACCGCAUCCAGAUCUUCCACAGCAGCAUUUACAGUGUUAUCAUUCGCACCUCCUUUGGUGUAACUGUGCAGACAGUCUGGCCUCACUUUGUCCGUGUCACUGCUCCUGGUGUCUACAAUGGUUCCCUGGGUGGACUCUGUGGUAACUACAAUGGUCAUCCACAUGAUGACUUCAAUACACCCAAUGGUGUCCUGGUCAACAGUUCUCAGGACUUUGGAGACAGUUGGCGAGAUGGCUCUCUGGCUGCUCACUGCGUGGAAAGCAUGAACCAAAAUUCUACAGCUAAUUACAAUUCUAGUGAGUACUGUGGCAUUCUCAGCUCACCAGAUGGGCCAUUUGUACCCUGUUGGUCUGUGGUUGACCCAAGGCAGCAGGUGGAUGUAUGUGUGGAGAUCAUGAGGGGCUCUAACAAUCCAGCAUCAACUCUGUGUGGCGUCCUACGAGAUUAUGCACUAAUGUGUCAACAGAAGGGUGUUGCCUUAGGACAAUGGAGAAAUGCAACUGGCUGUGCACUAACCUGCCCGUCAAACAGCCAUUAUGAACUCUGUGGAACCUCUUGUCCUUCUGCUUGCCCCAGCCUCUCUUUCCCCUUCACCUGUGAUACUGUGUGCCAGGAGGGCUGUCAGUGUAACAGUGGUUUUAUCCUCAAUGGUGACCAGUGCGUUCCACCAACAUCUUGUGGAUGCUAUCAUCAAGGACGCUAUCACCAAGGUGGUGAGCAGUUCUGGGAUGGUGAAGAAUGUCAGAGCUUGUGUACCUGUAAUGGAAAUACAGGGAACGUCCACUGUACUCCCACCUCCUGUGGGCCCCAGGAGUCCUGCCGUGUGGUGGAGGGUGAGUUUGGCUGCCAUCCCAACCCUCAUGGCACCUGCUCUGCCUCUGGAGACCCUCACUACAUCACCUUUGAUCGCAAGGCCUAUGACUUCCAAGGAACCUGUCGCUAUGUUCUGGUGACCCUCUGUAAUGCCACUGAUGAGCUCAAUCAGUUUUCCGUGGAAGCUAAGAAUGAGGCAUUGAAUGGGCGUCCACUUUCAAUAGUAGCUGAAGUUUUUGUGAAUGUCUGGGGCUACGACGUGCAUAUGUCAAGGGACAGAAGAGGUUUGGUACAAGUGAAUGGAGUAACUAGAAAUUUACCUAUUAUCUUGAAUGAAGGUAAUGUGUCUAUCUAUGCAACAGGAUCUCGUAUACUUGUCAGCACUAAUUUUGGCUUGAGUGUUACCUAUAAUGGAUAUAGUGCAGUGUUUAUCUCCGUACCACCAAAUUACAGAGAAAAAAUAUGCGGACUUUGUGGAAAUUUCAAUGGAAAUCCAAAUGAUGACUUUCACACACCAUCUGGAACGAUAGUCACAUCUCCAGAUGAGUUUGGGAGAGCCUGGAAGGUGCCAGGCAACUACACGUGCAAUGACGGCUGUGGCUCCUCCUGUCCACAGUGUACCAAUGAACAGCCUGCUAGAGAUCAGUGUGAGGUGAUACAGGCAUCUGAUGGGCCCUUCAGUUUCUGCCACGAGGAGGUGGACCCGGCACCAUAUUUCAACGACUGCGUGUUUGAUGUAUGUUUGUCAGGAAAUCAAGGCCACGAUCUCUUGUGCAGUGCCACCGAAUCAUAUGUCAGUGCCUGUCAGUCUGCUAAUGUUCGUAUCUAUCCCUGGAGAGAGAACACCACCUGCACAUUGGACUGUCCCACCAACAGCCAUUAUGAGCUGUGCGGUACUGACUGUGGCCACACCUGUGCCAGUAGCAUUGAUGAAACCUGUGAGCAGUUCUGCUCUGAGGGAUGUUUCUGUGAUGAAGGCUUCAUCAAGAGUGGGACCAGGUGUGUUCCAGUGGAAAGCUGUGGCUGCCAAUAUGAUGGAUUCUACUAUGAUGCUGGCGAGUCCUUCUGGACAGACGGUUGCUCCCAGAGAUGUGAAUGUCACGCUCCAAAUGACCUGCGAUGUUCUGCCUCGUCUUGCACUCCUGAACAGCAGUGCUCCAUCAGAGACGGCCAGCUGGGCUGUUACGAUGCUAUGUCCACCUGCAACGGCCUGCAGUGCCGCAAUGAGCCGUGCUCCUUUUCACAGAUCUGCAAGCCAGCUUCCUUCCAGUUCUCCUGUCAGACAGUGCCAAGAGGAACCUGCACCAUAAGCGGUGAUCCCCAUUACUACACCUUUGAUAACACAGUGUUUCACUUUCAAGGCACUUGCACGUAUGUUCUCUCUGAGCAAUGUAAUAGUGGACGGCCCUACUACAGAGUAGAAGGCAAAAAUGAGCACAGAGGCAGUACUCGAGUCUCUUGGACACGACUGGUGAAAGUGCAUGUCUACAAUGACACAAUUGAGCUUGUCAAAGGACGCCAUGGUCAGGCAAAGGUUAACGGGAACUUUGCAUCCACUCCAUUCUUCCUUAGCAAUGGCACCGUGCAGGUUUAUGAGUCAGGUUUUUCUGUCUUUGUCAGCACUGACUUUGGUUUAGUGGUGUCUUAUGACACAAAUCAUUAUGUUCAGAUCAGCUUGCCCUACACUUACCAGAAUGCUGGCAAGCAUCUGGGGAUGAUGAGCCUGGCUGUGGGCCACAGUGCGGAGGAAAGCUGCAUCUGUGAUUCAGGCUACAUCCUCAGUGGUGGGGUCUGCGUCCCUCAUGCUGAGUGUGGCUGCAGGUUUGAGGGCCGUUACUACCGCUCUGGACAAACUGUUAAUGGUCAGCUGAUCAGGCUGCCAUUCAGCACUCCAUCCAACCGCAUCCAGAUCUUCCACAGCAGCAUUUACAGUGUUAUCAUUCGCACCUCCUUUGGUGUAACUGUGCAGACAGUCUGGCCUCACUUUGUCCGUGUCACUGCUCCUGGUGUCUACAAUGGUUCCCUGGGUGGACUCUGUGGUAACUACAAUGGUCAUCCACAUGAUGACUUCAAUACACCCAAUGGUGUCCUGGUCAACAGUUCUCAGGACUUUGGAGACAGUUGGCGAGAUGGCUCUCUGGCUGCUCACUGCGUGGAAAGCAUGAACCAAAAUUCUACAGCUAAUUACAAUUCUAGUGAGUACUGUGGCAUUCUCAGCUCACCAGAUGGGCCAUUUGUACCCUGUUGGUCUGUGGUUGACCCAAGGCAGCAGGUGGAUGUAUGUGUGGAGAUCAUGAGGGGCUCUAACAAUCCAGCAUCAACUCUGUGUGGCGUCCUACGAGAUUAUGCACUAAUGUGUCAACAGAAGGGUGUUGCCUUAGGACAAUGGAGAAAUGCAACUGGCUGUGCACUAACCUGCCCGUCAAACAGCCAUUAUGAACUCUGUGGAACCUCUUGUCCUUCUGCUUGCCCCAGCCUCUCUUUCCCCUUCACCUGUGAUACUGUGUGCCAGGAGGGCUGUCAGUGUAACAGUGGUUUUAUCCUCAAUGGUGACCAGUGCGUUCCACCAACAUCUUGUGGAUGCUAUCAUCAAGGACGCUAUCACCAAGGUGGUGAGCAGUUCUGGGAUGGUGAAGAAUGUCAGAGCUUGUGUACCUGUAAUGGAAAUACAGGGAACGUCCACUGUACUCCCACCUCCUGUGGGCCCCAGGAGUCCUGCCGUGUGGUGGAGGGUGAGUUUGGCUGCCAUCCCAACCCUCAUGGCACCUGCUCUGCCUCUGGAGACCCUCACUACAUCACCUUUGAUCGCAAGGCCUAUGACUUCCAAGGAACCUGUCGCUAUGUUCUGGUGACCCUCUGUAAUGCCACUGAUGAGCUCAAUCAGUUUUCCGUGGAAGCUAAGAAUGAGGCAUUGAAUGGGCGUCCACUUUCAAUAGUAGCUGAAGUUUUUGUGAAUGUCUGGGGCUACGACGUGCAUAUGUCAAGGGACAGAAGAGGUUUGGUACAAUGUACCAAUGAACAGCCUGCUAGAGAUCAGUGUGAGGUGAUACAGGCAUCUGAUGGGCCCUUCAGUUUCUGCCACGAGGAGGUGGACCCGGCACCAUAUUUCAGCGACUGCGUGUUUGAUGUAUGUUUGUCAGGAAAUCAAGGCCACGAUCUCUUGUGCAGUGCCACUGAAUCAUAUGUCAGUGCCUGUCAGUCUGCUAAUGUUCGUAUCUAUCCCUGGAGAGAGAACACCACCUGCACACUGGACUGUCCCACCAACAGCCAUUAUGAGCUGUGCGGUACUGACUGUGGCCACACCUGUGCCAGUAGCAUUGAUGAAACCUGUGAGCAGUUCUGCUCUGAGGGAUGUUUCUGUGAUGAAGGCUUCAUCAAGAGUGGGACCAGGUGUGUCCCAGUGGAAAGCUGUGGCUGCCAAUAUGAUGGAUUCUACUAUGAUGCUGGCGAGUCCUUCUGGACAGACGGUUGCUCCCAGAGAUGUGAAUGUCACGCUCCAAAUGACCUGCGAUGUUCUGCCUCGUCUUGCACUCCUGAACAGCAGUGCUCCAUCAGAGACGGCCAGCUGGGCUGUUACGAUGCUAUGUCCACCUGCAACGGUAUCGUGUACAUUUUCCCUGCUAUGCAGAUGAUCUCCAGCUCUGUCAAUGAAACCAUAAGACUAAACUGUAGGAAUGUCUUAAAGACAUAA